AUGCUGGCUGAAGGAGGCUCGACUGAACCACUCAUGGAUAGAAAUGCAAGCUUUGAGGAGAAGGAAAGUUUAAGGAAUGGACUUGAGUUGGUGAAACCUGCCACGGAUAAACAUAUGGAUCUUCUGAGACCAACAGCUAGAAACCUUUCAGUAUUCAGAGGGCAACCGUCGCCACCGCAAGGAUUGGAGCAGGAAAAGGGAAAGUACACGCUAAUCAGAGAUCCUGAAGAUUUCCUAGCAGGGGGUGCAUUUGAUAAGCCCCUUCCCUGCUUUGGUUGUGGAAUAGGGUGGUUUUCCUUUCUUUCCGGGUUUUUGUUCCCACUCAUGUGGUACUAUGCUACAAUCCUUUACUUCGGAAACUGCUACCGCAAAGAUCCCAGGGAAAGAGCAGGCCUCGCUGCAGCAGCAAUUGCUGCAAUGGGUUGCUCUGUUAUUUUGGUGUUCAUACUAGCUUAUUGUCUCUUGUUUUAA